AUGUUAAGGUCAUCACUCUCAAAUGCCUCAGCUCGCCUUGGUUCGCGUUCUGGUAGUAUUACAAUCGGUUCCGGCUUAUAUCAACAGAAGGAACGAUACCAAUACACUUUAAUGUCGACAUCUUCUUACCUUAAAAAGUUGAACCCUCCAAACUCAUCCCCAUUACGGUCUUCCGCUGCUUCUCCUAAUCUUCCAGACUCCUCCCCACUCUCUCCAGUUACUAGUCCUGAUGUUCGGUCUCGUUCCAGUUCAUCUGCUGCUUUAGAACAAAACACUUUUGUUCCACUUGAGACUUACACGAAGGAACAAGUCCUCCUCAGAACAAAGUCACACACGGAGAAGACUGAAAGUAAUUACCCGACCUUCCAAUUAGACAAAAUGAGUCCAAAAAGUACUCCGCGAGAUGAAAAUGAAAAGGUCGAACAGACAUUACUCUUAAAGGAAUUACAAGCACUCACCGCGUUACCAACAGCAACUCGAACGACAGCUACUAACAUUUAUUUGGCGUCGUAUUCGGACGCGUUGACAUCACACCUCAACCUCUUUUUAACAGACUUUAAGGCAUGUUUUAAACACUCGAUGCCACACAUCUCAACACAUCACUCGGAAAGGACUCGGUACUUUGGAGUCGAGACGGCUAUCGGAUUUGGCGAUUUAAAUGAUGUGAUAUUCUUGAGUGAUUCUGUCGACAUCUACGUCAUUAUAGCCGACUCGUCAGACCUCUCGUUCUUGUAUUUGACGGCUUUUGUGCAGAAGUUAGCAAAGGCAUUUGGCUCACAAGCAAUCAAAAAAGUCGUGGUCUACACAACAUCGCCUAACACUUCAGUGAACACGUACUGCCAAGUCAAUGACAUUCCAGAAGUCACCGACCGCGAUGUGUUGAAGGCGGAGAUCACUCGCCACAAUGAGGAAUUCCAGAAGAAUGAACAGACGAAGAGCAAAGAACCAUCGAAGCGUGUGAUUUUACUUGGUGAUUACUUUGUAGGGAAAACGACUUUGUUCCAUCAUCUUACAAACAGUAAAUACAACGGAUAUGAAGCGUCGUUUGAGACAUUCACUAAAAAGGAGUCGAGAAACGAAUUUGAUGUCAUAGACACGCCCGGGAACUUUAGAUUCCAAGUCAGACUUAACAAAGAACAGUUGGACACGACUAUGGAAGGCAAAAAUGAAGACGAACGAGCAGUGGAAUUGACGAUGAACUACUUGCAUGAGAAACAAAUAGGUGGGGAAUUGAUUGUCGUCCUCUAUGACGUGACUCGAAAAGAGACGAAGAGGUACGCCGAGCUACUUACUGAGUCACUGCAAAGAGUAUUUCCAUUUUCUUCGGUUGUUGUGAUUGGAAAUAAACUCGACAUUGCCGAUGAACUUAAAAUGGAGGUUGAGGAAUGCGCGAUGGAGGGUGUGAGCGAUAUAUUAAUGAUGACAUUAAGUGAUGGGAGAGUUGGUGGCGUGAUAGACAAAUUGAGGGAACGACUGACAUUUUUGAUGCAACCGAAACGACUUGAUUUGGUUUGCUUUAAGAAGAGCUUUGGUGUUGAAGAAACAUAUAAAGUGUGCGAAGACUUUUGUAUUGAAAGCGGAAAAAGCGCGAAGUCGGAGAAGCGACUUGUUCGCGUCGAAAGGGGGCAUCUCAUCGUGUUAAAUUCAAAAGGAAAAGCGUCUGGGAAGUCGCGGAACUACAAUUUAGAUGAGAACAGUGCGAUUGUCGAGACUCAACGAAAGAAGAUGAACUGCGUUGUUAUUAAAACAAGAAAUGGGAACAUCGGGGUUUGCUUUAAAGAUGAGAAGAAAGAGAAAGAAUUCAAAGAGAAUAUCAUCGAAGCACAAGUGGUCAAUAAAAUAGGUAAAGGAGUGUUGAAAGUCAUUUGUAAACAAUUUCUGAGAGAAGCACUGAACGAAUUGGUCGAUGAAGAUAUCGAAACGUUCACAAAACAAGUCGAAAACUAUAUUGGAAAGACAGACUACGUCUUUCCAGACCAUCUCAAGACGGAAGUCGAUAUGGUCGUCCACGCACCCGAUAGAAAUACUAAAAGAUUCUCAAGACUCUCAUUAAGUAGUAAAUAA